AUGGGUCUUAGUAAUACCAUCAUUGAAGGAAAUACCGAAUCCCAGCAGGAUCGGGCAAAAGCAAUGAUUUUCCUUCGUCACCACCUUCAUGAGGAUUUAAAAUCUGAAUACCUCAUGGUAAAAGAUCCUCUACGAUUGUGGAAUAACUUAAAGGAGAGGUUUGAACACUAUAGAACUAUCAUCCUCCCAAAAGCUCGUUAUGAUUGGAUGCACCUGAGGUUGCAGGAUUAUAAAACGGUUAGUGAGUAUAAUUCUGUACGACACAAAAUUGUCUCACAACUUGAACUAUGUGGAGAAACUAUCACUGAAGUGGAUAAAUUGGAAAAGACAUUUUCCACAUUCCACCUCUCGGAUAUAAACCUACAGCAACAGUAUCGAAACCGCAAUUUUACUCAGUGUUCCCAAUUGAUAUCCCUCUUACUUGUAGCUGAGCAGAAUAAUCAGCUUCUAUUGAAAAACCACCAGUCUCGUCCUACGGGUACUACACCGUUCCCUGAAGUGAACGCGAUUGUAUAUAAUAAUCAUGGACGUGGACGUGGACGUGGUGGAAGAAGAGGACGAGGCCGUGGUCGUCAUAAUCGUGGAGGUAAUUAUCUUCAACCAUACCACCAAAAGAGGUAUCAUGUUGAAACAAUUCAUAAAAAUAAAACAUACCACCAGAAGAGGUAUGAUCCUGAACCAAGUCAGAAAAAUGACAAAGGUUUGCAAAACAAACCCCAGAAGGGUAAUGAAGAGACUUGUUUCAGAUGUGGUGCUCAAGGUCAUUGGUCGCGUACCUGUCGUACGCCUAGGCAUCUAAUUGAUCUAUAUCAAGCCCCCACCAAAGGAAAAACAAAAAUUGUGGAAACAAACUUUACAAAUUUUGAUGAUUUUAAUAUUUCUGAUGAUUUUACACAUUUGGAUGUUUCUGAUUUUUUGGAAAAUCAAGAUGGUAAGUCCAUAUAG